UGCCUUUAAAUUGCUGCUUUCAGAGGGUGCAUCUAGAGGGAGGUGGGAGGCAGGAAAGCAUCUUCCUACCGGUCUCCCUCCUCCCUCCCCUCCAAGACUCUUCAGGGUUUGGAGAGUGACUGCUGUCCAGACAGAAUCUUUUCUAGCUCCCGGCUGGCAGGCUAAGGCCCUCCAGAGCCCAAGGCGAGCCCGAGCAGAAGCCAGUAGGGUUAUCUGUGUCAGGAUCAUUUCCAGAAGAAUAGUUCUGGCCCCUGGCAGGUACAGACAGGCCAGAGGAGAAGAGACAGAAGAGGAGAGAGAGGAGGCUCUUUGCGAGCAGCCCAAGUUGGAGAAAGGCUCUGUACUUUUGGCGUUCCUGCAGGGAUACCCCUCUCACGUUGGCAGCCAGGCUGAGAAAGGGCUCCAAGAUCCCCGCGGAAUGACAACCCUCUCCUUCCUUCUCCUCUGGACCCUGCCAGGGCAGGUCCUCCUCAGGGUGGCCUUGGCAAAAGAGGAAGUCAAAUCUGGGACCAAGGGAUCCCAGCCCAUGUCCCCCUCUGAUUUCCUAGACAAGCUUAUGGGGCGAACAUCUGGAUAUGAUGCCAGGAUUCGGCCAAAUUUUAAAGGCCCACCCGUGAACGUGACCUGCAACAUCUUCAUCAACAGUUUUGGCUCCGUCACUGAGACCACCAUGGACUACCGGGUGAAUGUCUUCUUGCGGCAACAGUGGAAUGACCCACGCCUGUCCUACCAAGAAUAUCCUGACAACUCUCUGGACCUUGAUCCCUCCAUGCUGGACUCUAUCUGGAAGCCAGACUUGUUCUUUGCCAAUGAGAAAGGGGCCAGCUUCCACGAGGUGACAACGGACAACAAGUUACUGCGCAUCUUCAAGAAUGGGAAUGUGCUCUACAGUAUCAGGUUGACUCUCGUUUUGUCCUGCCCGAUGGACCUCAAGAACUUCCCCAUGGACAUUCAGACCUGCACAAUGCAGCUGGAGAGCUUUGGCUACACCAUGAAUGACCUCGUGUUUGAGUGGCUGGAAGAUGCUCCUGCUGUCCAAGUGGCUGAGGGGCUGACUCUGCCCCAGUUUAUCUUGCGGGAUGAGAAGGAUCUAGGCUAUUGUACCAAGCACUACAACACAGGAAAAUUCACCUGCAUCGAGGUAAAGUUUCACCUGGAACGGCAGAUGGGCUACUAUCUGAUUCAGAUGUACAUCCCCAGCCUACUCAUCGUCAUCCUGUCCUGGGUCUCCUUCUGGAUCAACAUGGAUGCUGCCCCUGCCCGUGUGGGCCUGGGCAUUACCACCGUGCUCACCAUGACCACCCAGAGCUCUGGCUCCCGGGCCUCUUUGCCUAAGGUGUCCUACGUGAAGGCAAUCGACAUCUGGAUGGCUGUGUGUCUGCUCUUUGUGUUUGCUGCCUUGCUGGAAUACGCUGCUGUCAAUUUUGUUUCUCGUCAGCAUAAAGAAUUCAUACGACUUCGAAGAAGGCAAAGGCGCCAACGCAUGGAGGAAGAUAUCAUCCAAGAAAGUCGUUUUUAUUUCCGUGGCUAUGGCUUGGGCCACUGCCUGCAGGCAAGAGAUGGAGGUCCAAUGGAAGGUUCUGGCAUUUAUAGUCCCCAACCUCCAGCCCCUCUUCUAAGGGAAGGAGAAACCAUGCGAAAACUCUACGUGGACCGAGCAAAGAGAAUUGACACCAUCUCCCGGGCUGUCUUCCCUUUCACUUUCCUCAUCUUCAAUAUCUUCUACUGGGUUGUCUACAAAGUGGUACGGUCAGAAGAUAUCCACCAGGCUCUGUGAAUAGGGUGGGAGCUACAGAGUCCUGCUGCUGGCUUCCUGCUUCCUCCUGGGUGGGCUUUUCCCCUCAAUCAGACUCCAUCAGGGGCUCGGACAGUUCCGCCCCGAUCUCCCACUCAGAACUUCAACUAUCAGUCCCAAAGCUAUGUGGGCCUAUACUGCAUGGUACCAAUGGUGGCUGUACUUAUAAAGAUGGCUUAUCUACUGUAGUCUAUAUUUUCUCCAUACUCUCCCAUUUCUCAUGAGACUAAGGUUUGGCCACAUUCCUAGGGCUAGGAUUGCCUUCUGCCCUUGGCUGGAGCCUCUCUGUUUUCCAGUAUUCCAGUGGAGACUUCAGAACACUGCUAGUAGAUUCUGGCAUUUGCAAUCUUAAUCUGAACCACUUCUCCCCCUGCCACCUCCCACCCAGAGCCUGGCCAUUACUCUGUCCUCUGUAUCUCCUGCUGCAGACUCAAAUAGGGAGUUUUUCCUAUCCACAAGCACUGUCCUGUGUGGUUCAGUCAGGUUUCCUUGCAGUGAGAGGAAGGCAAAGCUGCAGUUUCCCCAACUCUUGAUAAGGUUGGAAUGCUCAUAGGCUGCACUGGGCUAGUGACUAUAUGGCCCAACAGAGAGGUGUUCAAGUCUCCUCGGAAGUCCCACACUGUCAGAACUGGGGCAGAGACUCUGGGGUCUCAAAAAGACUACUCUUUCAGAUCCACCUGAACAUUCUGGUCUCAGAAAUGUUUGUUCUGUUCCCUAAUUAGCUAGCAUGGUGGCAGGGUCUUUUGUACAGCUGGGGAGUGUAAAAAGAGAUAAAUGUUUGUUCUUUAAGAAACUUAACUUGAUGAUGCUAGAAAACUUUUGAGAAAAGUGAGAUUCAAGGUAGUGGAGCCCAGGAGGAGUAGAAUGCAGAAACUAUUCAGAGUGUCUUUUGUUGGCUGGGCUUUAAUUUGUUUCUUCUUUUUCUCCAAAGUCUCUUUAUUUUCCAGGGCCCCUCAUUUCCAACCUGGUCCUUCACCUUCUUCUGGUGAGCAGAUAAUGGUGCCACUGCAACCUUGUUAAGGAUAGAGUGGGCUUCAAGUUUCCUGGGGAGAAACUAGGCAUGGCGAGGACCCCUAUCCUAGAUCAACAUUUAUUUGACCAACCUCAGGGUAGCAGUUGUAGAAGUUAGAGCCAUAAUUCAGUCAUUUCUUUAUCCUUCUUGCUCUACAAGGAGAAGCAGUCAGUAGGUGUAGCGGUCAGUUGAAGCUGCCAGAAAUGUCAGAAUAGAGAGGGUUGGUGUGGAAGAGCCCAUUUCAGGCCUGACAUACCACUGGGACUUGGGGAAGCAUGUGCCUGGCAUACUGAGACCUUUGAAGUGACCAACUGUGAGCAAAUGCAACAGGAGAGAUUAAAGUGUGGGGCUGACACCGGAAGAAAGAAGUGAUCAAAUGAUCUCUUAGACAUCUUGUCCUUUUCUCUGGACCUAGAAUAAUUAAACACAUAAGUUCAGUCUCUCUGUUUCUCUCUCUCUCUCCUUUUCUCUCUCUCUUCCUCCUUCCCUCCCUCCCUCCAUAUGGUGUUCCCAACUGAAAGUCAAUAAAUCCAAUGUUCAAAGCAAAUCCUAUAAUCAAA